UUGCUUUCCAACGUUUCUGUGUGUGCGCGCGCGUUCUGCGUCGACUCUAAUGACACUCUAUGUGAUCGUUGCUUUAAGUGCUGCCUCACUCUGAAUCAGUGAAACGUUCAACGCGCCUUUACACAGGUCUUGUUGUGACAGCUAAUCUGUUUGCUUCAUUACCGACGAUGGUAGAGCGACCUGAAGAUAUCAACUUGCCUCUGUCUGUCGUUACGCGUAUCGUCAAGGAUGCCCUUCCCGAUGGCGUCAACGUUUCGAAGGAAGCACGAGCUGCUUUAGCUAAAGCGGCGAGCGUCUUUGUCCUCUACGCCACUUCGUGCGCAAACAACAUCGCGACGAAGGGCAAAAGGAAAACUGUGACCGGCUCCGAUAUCAUAUCGGCGAUGGAAGAAAUGGAGUUUGAGAGUUUCAUCGACACACUCACCGGGAAUUUGGAGCAGUUCCGCCAAGGAAAAACGAAAAAGGACGCGAAUCGAGCCAAGAAGCUUCAAGAUGCUAGUGACGCGGUCUCCGCCGGCGACGCUGAGAUGGGGGAUGACGGCGACGUCGAUGCAGGUGACGAAGAUGCGAGCUGAGAAUCGGAGACUGAGAACACGCAGCUGUGCGAUGCCGUUAACCGUGCUGCACCCACGUUGGAAACGGCAUUGUUGUUCCGUCUGGAAUCUGUGCUGCCGACCGACAUUUUGUCUCCGCUUGUUCCGUGACUAAGCUGCAAGUGAUUGUCAUCGCCUUGUGCUUGUCAGCCGCUGUUAUUGCUAUUACCACUGUUGCCCCCAUUUUUUUCAGAAAAUGCAGCGACGCGAAGUGCAUGGAGCUCAGUAAUGGCGCCUAAUUUGUUAGCUGUAACUUGCAAGCCUGCUUGUUGUGUCCUGUUGCUGUACUUAGACCCUGUGCUGUGGGCUUGUUAGUUUACAUCUAAAAUAAAUGCUUGCUCGCAAAAUUAAAAAAUAAACGUAACAAAAUUCAGAAAGGAC